AUGCCUUCCUUCUGGCGGCGUCCCUUCCGCAGCAAUGAAGAGCCUCAAGCUGCUGAAGUGGAAGAGCGUGGAUCAUCAGACAGCGAUCCCUCUGAGCUCGUCGUUGGAGAUACCUAUUAUAUCGCAGGCAAGGCCGCCAACAACAAAGACACAUCUUAUCAAGAUGCCUCUGGUGCUCCCGUGGAAGAAUCAUCGCCCCUGGGAUAUGAUGUUGGACCCAUGACGAUUUUGUUCCUCAACGUGAGCAAGAUGAUUGGCACAGGCAUCUUUUCAACUCCUUCGACGAUUCUUGCCGGGACAGGCAGCAUUGGACUAAGUUUAAUAUGGUGGGCUCUUGGCUUCUUGACAUCGAUUACAGCGUUUGCCGUGUAUCUCGAAUUUACUGCCUACUUUCCUUCGCGAUCUGGCGCUGAGGUGGUGUAUCUCGAACAAGCGUUCCCAAGGCCACGCUGGCUGUUCUCAACCGCAUUUGCUUUUCAGUCUGUUAUUCUAUCAUUUAGCAGCGCAAACUCAUAUGUUUUGGCUCAAUAUCUUUUCAAAAUGACGGAUUAUACCCCCACAGAUUGGCAAAUAAAGGGAGUAGCCAUAGCUGGUUAUACUGUCGCCCUCCUCGUCGUUAUCUUACACAAUAGAUUUGCAUAUCACCUGGCAAACGCAAUCGGCUUUGUCAAAAUCGCUACACUGGUAUUCAUUUCGAUAACCGGAUUCGUAGUUCUCGGAGGACAUACUCGCGUUGAGAACCCGACAGCCAAUUUCCAUAAUUCUUUCGAAGGGAAAGCUACCGCAUAUGGAAUAACGAAUGGCUUGUACAAAAUCAUUUUUUCUUAUGCAGGAUUCGAAAAUGCUUUCAAUGUUGUAAAUGAGGUCAAGAACCCUGUCAAGCACAUUCGACGUCAAGGCUACAUUGCUAUCUGGUCUGUCAGCAUUCUUUACAUACUCACCGUCAUCGCUUAUUAUGCUGCUGUCCCGAAGCAAGACAUCAUCAAGGGCAAGCUGACCGUUGCCAAUCUUUUUUUUGUAAACGUGUUUGGAAAUAGCAAGCAGGUCAAGGCCCUCAACUUCCUAAUUGCAAUCAGCGCUUUCGGCAAUCUGGUGGCAGUCUUAAUCGGGACCUCGAGAAUCAUUCGCGAAUGUGGUCGGCAGGGCGUACUCCCAUGGACAAAGUUCUGGGUCUCAACGUAUCCUCUUGGUACCGCCCUCGGCCCGUAUCUCUUCAAAUACGGCAUCACGCUUAUCAUGAUCCUGGCCCCUCCUGCUGGCGAUGCUUUUAAUUUCGUCAGCGACCUUCGCAUUUACCCUGGCUCUUUCUUCGACUUCUUGAUGAGUGUCGGUCUCCUCAUCGUGAGACGCAGACGGAAAGCUCUCAAUCUACCAAGGCCUGCCUUCAAAGCCUGGGAUGUCGUUAUUUGGUUUAGCAUCCUGAAAAAUCUCUAUCUCCUUAUUAUGCCCUGGUAUCCUCCAGCUGGAGGCGCAACUGGUGGUGACGUAAGUUUUUGGUAUGCUACAUAUGUAGUUGCUUCGAUUGGCAUUCUGUUGGCUUGUGUCGCUUAUUAUUGGCUUUGGAUUCACGGUAUUCCUUAUUUCCGAGGCUAUAAGAUCCGAGAAGAGGUUAUUACUCUUGAUGAUGGGUCAAAAAGUCACCGAUUGGUCAAGGUGCCAAAUUCUGAAGUUGAAGAGUGGGAUAAGACACAUGAUCACGCUGGGCGGAUCAUUGCUGAGGCUGCCGAAGUGAGUGACAAGACAGCUGACAAUGUUUUGGUGGUCGGAAAGGACAGCGCCGUAUCCAGCACAAAAUGA